CGCGCGGGUCAGAGUUCACCCAAUGCGUUUGUAAAAUGGCUGCGGAACCGACUCGGGAAUGGGAUGACGAACAGCUGAAAAGUGAUGAUCUCCCAAAGAAAGACCUCAUAAAGUUCAUUCAGGACAAUGCUGCACACUCGUUUCUCUCGGAACACAAAUUGAUGGGAAACAUCAAAAAUGUUGCUAAAACGGCCAAAAAGGAACAGUUGAUUGAAGCCUACAAUCAACUUUUCGAAAGCAAGCGGUUUAAAGGAACAGAGGUGGAGGAGGUGACCCAGAGUGUAAAGGCAGUGAAGAUUGAAGACAAGCCAAAGACAGAGGAGGUGGUAGUGGAUGAGGGUCCCCCUAAGUUCUUCAAGUCCGUGCUGAAGAAAGGAGACAAGACCAACUUCCCCAAGAAGGGGGAUACUGUGGGCUGCUGGUACACCGGAACACUGGAGGAUGGAACUGUCUUCGACACCAACGUCCCCACCACCGCCAGGAAGAAGAAGCAGACCAAACCACUGACCUUCAAAGUGGGCCUGGGCAGGGUCAUCAGAGGGUGGGAUGAGGGCAUAUUGACGAUGAGUAAAGGGGAGACGGCCAAACUGGAGAUCGAACCAGAGUGGGCGUACGGCAGGAAGGGGGUGCCCGACAACAAAAUCCCCCCGAACGCUAAGCUCAUAUUUGAGGUGGAGCUGGUGUCCAUCGACUAAGUACGGAGGGCCAUGGAUCACUUCUUGGUGUCCAUCGACUAACGCUGGAUGCAGAACACAGCAUAUGGUUCUCCUCCGCAUGCACUAUACACGUACACAUACGGAUGCCACAACAGGGGUCCUACAGGCCCCCAGAAAGCAGGCCAUCUACACACAUGCCUGAUGCCGGGUCAUCGCACACAAGGCCGUCUAAACAUAUGCCUGUUUUCACUGUAUUAUAGAACUGAGCAUUUCUGUCCUCCGGGGCAAUGUUUGUUUGUGUGUCUGUUUAUUCAUCUAUGUUUGCCUUUGGAAUGUAUGUCUAAUGCAGUGUACAGCUUAAUAAAUAAAAUUUCAAAAUCUGA